CUCUCUUAAUCUCCCCGUCAUCAUCUAUUUACUAUUUUGAAAUAAUUACCGUUUGCAUUUCCUCUCUUCUUCACCCGUCUCUCUCUCUCUCUCUCUCUCUGAUGUGAAGGAAAACAAAAGGAGGAAAAAAAAAGAAGGCGAAAAUAAAGAAAGAAAAUAAAAGAAAAAGAAAAAGGAACGGAAUCUUGGUCCCAGAGGCGGCAUCUCUUCGAUUCAUCGGCGAGGGAGAUCGGAGGAGCUCCUUGACCCCAAUCGAGGGUUGGGUCGCGGCGGUGUCGGUGGGGGAAGAGGUGACGAUGGCGACCUCGAGGAAACCCUAAGUUUGGAGGUCCCGGUCGGUCGAGGAUGAGAUCUUCUUUGAUGUAAAUGGAAAUUCUGGGUAGGGAUCCUCUCUUCUUGAUCGGAUCUGUGAGAACCAUCACCUGCAGCUGCAAACCGCCGCCGGCAUCAGCGGCGGUCAGCCACUCGAUCGCCGUCGCGGUCGUGCCGUUUCUAGGGCUUCGUUUUGGCUUUUGGAUCGUUUUGUAGGCGUAGGGAGGGAGGAGAUGGGGGUUUCGGAGGGCGGAGAUGGAGGAGGGAGCGGCGUCGAUUGCAGUGUCGGGACGAUCAUCUGGGUGCGCCGCAGGAACGGCUCUUGGUGGCCCGGGAGGAUUCUUGGCCCUGAAGAGCUGUCGGUGUCGCAUCUCAUGUCACCGAGAUCCGGGACGCCAGUCAAGCUCCUCGGUAGGGAGGACGCCAGCGUGGACUGGUACAACUUAGAGAAAUCCAAACGUGUUAAGGCAUUUCGCUGCGGGGAGUUUGAUGCCUGCAUUGAAAAGGCUGAAGCUUCCUUAGGUGUUCCUAUAAAGAAAAGGGAGAAAUAUGCACGCCGAGAGGAUGCUAUUCUUCAUGCUCUUGAACUUGAAAGAAAGCAGCUUGAAAUGAAGCAGCAAAAACAAGUGAUCACCUCUAAUGGAAUUACAGGCAAACCUUUAGGUACUUUAAAAAGAGAGUUUAUUAACUUGUCAGCUUCAGAUACACUCACAGGAAAUGAUGAAUCUUUGAUAAAUAGUAAAAAUGCCAUUCGCAAGACUCAGAUGCUUCCCAGAAAAGCAGGUUUGUUGCAUGAGGAAGAGAAUAUCAACAAUUCUAUGAAAAUGGAUGACGAUCAUAAAAAUAGUAAGCAAAUAGGAAGGGAAGAAGAUAUUUCGGAUACCUUUCAUCGGAUGAGAGGACUGCAGGAUUUUGGUCUGCGGAUUGCUUCAAAGAAAAAGCUCCCCAAGUCUGUUCCUUGGUUGACUACCAAGGAACCUGCUGAGAAUAACAUGGAUGCUUUUCCUAGUGCUGGGCAUAUAGUGGGUGGUAGAGGUCAUGUCAGUAGCGUCAAAGAUGCCUUGGAAAUCAAUAGAAAAAGGUCACAUGGCGGUGUGAUUGAAGAAUCUCUAGCGAAAAAGCGUGAUAGACGUCGGCCCCUUCAUCAAGUUUUACAAAGUAGUGCAAAGUUGCAGUCUUCUGAUUCUUCCCAGUUUAUUCAUUAUCCUGACAUUGUCAGAACACAAGGGAGAAAAGACCAUAUGGGUAUUAUAUGUCGGGCAAAACGAAGUAGAUGCAUCUAUGUGCCUGCUGAUUCAGUUGAUUCUCAGGAUGGAGGAUAUUCUUCUGAAGAUAUGCAGAUACCUGCAGACCAGAUUGGAAUGGAUAGCCUUGACCGACCUGGUUCUUUAGAAGAAGAUUGCACAUCUUCUGGAAUGAUCAAGAUGACUGACUCUGAUUCUUCUCUAAAGGAUUACUUGGAGACUGGGAUGGAGGAGGAAGAUUUUUUGGGAGAAGAUCGUGACGCUUCUGCAUCUCAUAGUUCGGAGAAAUUUGAAGAUGUGGACAAUGAUGAAGUGCCUUUUCCUGGCAACAUUUCCCAGUUGCAUCCUUAUGGACAUUCUGCAGAUGCUUCUGCUGAGGCGGGAGUUUCCAAGUGGCAUAUGAAAGGCAAACGCAACACCCGAAAUCUAGUUAAGAGGCCAAGCAAUGUAAGGGAUGGCAAGAAUUGUGUCAUUGGUUCUGAUAAAUAUGAUGCUUCCUUAAAGGAAGCUGCAUAUGGAGCCAAGUAUAGCAAUUUGAAAUUGGAGAAGAUGGAACCUUUCAGCCAGAGGACUGUAGAACCAGAUUCCUACCAUAUCAAAGAGGAGGAUAAUUAUGCUUCUGAUGAUGUUGACUUGAGUGAUGGGGAUUUUCUUCAAGAACAAGUCAUUGGAUAUAGUAAUCAAAGAUACCCUCUAGUCUCCAAAGCAGCCAGGGAUUCAGGGAGACGCCGCAUUGGCAUGAACAAUUUGGGAAGUGAUUCUCAUUUAAUGAUGACUCCAGGCUGGGAAGCUGAUGGACCGUCUUAUGUGACUCGAAGGAAGUAUUGGGAAGAAUCUGGUGAGUGCUAUGAUCCUGUUUAUUCUUCUCAUAUCAGCAGAGAGAUAGGAUCGAAUUUGUUUAAUGUCGAUCUGAAAGUUAAAGCAAGCUAUCAAGGUGAGCAUGUUCCUCUGGUUUCUCUAAUGAGCAGAUUGAAUGGAAAAGCAAUUAUAGGCCACCCUCUCCAGAUUGAAAUCUUAGAAGAUGGUUCCACUGGCCAAUAUUUUUCUAGCAAUCCUGAUGAAAGUACAGCACACCAACCUGUCUGGAGGACUGCCAGAAGAACAGCCAUGCAACGAGUACCUCGUUCUAAUCCAGUAUCAUCUUUGGAGGAUGACGAAGCUGGGGUGUCUCUGUAUUCAGAAAUAGAAAACAAACAUCUACCCGACAUGUAUUCUGGUCAUUCCAAAAACCAGUCCAGGUCAACAAAGAAGAAAGUAUUUCAUGAUCUCCGACCACCCUUGGGUAAUAGCCAGAAAAAGUCAUUAAAAAGAGCAAGUUUGUCAAGCCAGAAAACUAGAACACUAUCCUCUUUUGCAACUGAACAGAGAAACAGUAGAGAGAAUGGUGAUGUGAGGCUUGGUAGGGAUCGUGAUAUAUUGAGUGGUUUGAUGAAACCAGAAGGACAAUUGCCUUCAGUUACAUGUGUCCCUGUGAAGGUAGCAUUUAGUAGGAUUCUGGAAGCAGUUAGGAGGCCAUCAACUGCUGUGACCCAUCAUAUUUGAACGGCCGAUCCAACAAUAAGUUCCAUCAUAGGUGACAAUUCCAUGCAAUAUGUCCAACUACCUGAUUCAAUGCUUCAUGUACACUACUCACAAACACUUUGGCCCGAGGUGAAUGUUCCAAUGAAGUUUUCCGAUUAGAUCGGUCACAAAGGUGGGUCCUUAUAUUGAUAAGCUAAUUCUGUUUUACCAGUCACCAAGGGCAAACAAGCGCCCUGCUUGUUGCUGUAAAAUGUCACAUUGCAAGUUAUAUAUUUGGCUCCUAUGACAAGCUGCUCUUCUUUAGCAUAGCACUUCUAGUCAACCUGGCAUCUCGGUACUCAAAGGUGUGUUCUUAUUCAAGAACUUUCUCAGUGGUGUUUGGUUGGCCGACUCGUGUAAAUUACUAAUUGCAAAUUUUAGUAUGUUCAACAGUUUGAUUAGUAUACAUAAAUCAUAAAUUUCAGUCA